AAGGCAGCAGCGAUAACCAGCGGAUUAAAACUGUAAACAUUAGCAACCCGGGCGACUUCUCUCUCCGGUUGGGAUGGAAAUAUAAGGUUACCUUGAAGGUGUGGGACCAAACAUUGUUCUUCAGUGCAUGGACGCAAAGCCAAUGCGCAGGACCACCAGCGCACGUCAAGACGCCACUGGAAUGGACAUCACCAGCCGCUGUACUCUGGGGGACCCCAACAAGCUCCCUGAAGGGGUCCCCCAGCCUGCACGCAUGCCCUACGUCUCAGACAAACACCCACGGCAGACCCUGGAGGUGAUCAACCUGCUAAGAAAACACCGGGAGCUCUGCGACGUGGUGCUGGUGGUGGGCGCCAAGAAGAUUUAUGCUCAUCGCGUGAUCCUGUCUGCCUGUAGCCCCUAUUUCAGGGCGAUGUUUACUGGAGAGCUGGCAGAGAGCCGGCAGACUGAAGUGGUUAUCCGCGACAUUGAUGAGAGGGCCAUGGAGCUGCUCAUUGACUUCGCCUACACCUCACAGGUGACUGUCGAGGAGGGCAACGUCCAGACGCUGCUCCCUGCAGCUUGUCUUCUCCAGCUGGCUGAGAUCCAGGAGGCCUGCUGCGAGUUCCUCAAGAGGCAGCUGGAUCCGUCCAACUGUCUGGGCAUCAGGGCCUUCGCCGACACGCACUCCUGCCGCGAGCUGCUCCGCAUCGCAGACAAGUUCACCCAACACAAUUUUCAGGAGGUAAUGGAAAGUGAGGAGUUCAUGCUGCUGCCUGCCAACCAGCUGAUUGACAUCAUCUCCAGCGAUGAGCUGAAUGUGCGGAGCGAGGAGCAGGUUUUCAACGCUGUGAUGGCCUGGGUGAAAUACAGCAUCCAGGAACGCAGACCUCAGCUACCCCAGGUUUUGCAACACGUCCGUCUGCCUCUGCUCAGCCCCAAGUUCCUGGUCGGAACCGUGGGUUCAGAUCCUCUCAUCAAGAGUGACGAGGAGUGCAGAGACCUGGUGGACGAAGCUAAGAAUUACCUGCUGCUGCCACAGGAGAGGCCGUUGAUGCAGGGGCCCAGAACCCGACCUAGAAAACCUAUACGAUGUGGAGAGGUCCUUUUUGCAGUUGGUGGUUGGUGCAGCGGAGACGCCAUUUCCAGUGUGGAGCGCUACGAUCCACAGACCAACGAGUGGCGGAUGGUGGCGUCGAUGAGUAAACGGAGAUGCGGAGUCGGUGUCAGCGUCCUCGAUGACUUACUGUAUGCGGUGGGCGGUCACGACGGCUCGUCAUAUCUCAACUCUGUGGAGAGAUAUGAUCCCAAGACCAACCAGUGGAGCAGUGACGUGGCCCCCACUAGCACUUGUCGUACCAGUGUGGGCGUCGCUGUGCUUGGUGGAUAUUUGUAUGCUGUGGGAGGACAGGAUGGGGUUUCCUGUCUCAACAUUGUAGAAAGAUAUGAUCCUAAGGAGAACAAAUGGACUCGUGUGGCCUCCAUGAGCACCAGGCGGCUCGGUGUAGCUGUGGCCGUGCUGGGAGGAUUCCUGUAUGCUGUCGGAGGCUCUGAUGGGACGUCCCCGUUAAAUACAGUGGAACGCUACAAUCCUCAAGAAAACCGCUGGCACACCGUGUCCCCAAUGGGAACCAGGAGAAAGCACCUGGGCUGUGCGGUCUACCAGGACAUGAUUUACUCUGUCGGAGGGAGAGACGACACCACGGAGCUGAGCAGCGCCGAGCGAUACAACCCCAGGACCAACCAGUGGUCUCCUGUGGUGGCCAUGACAUCGAGGCGGAGCGGGGUGGGCUUGGCAGUGGUGAAUGGUCAGUUGAUGGCAGUAGGAGGCUUUGACGGAACGACGUAUCUCAAAACUAUAGAAGUCUACGACCCUGACGCCAACACAUGGAGGUUGUACGGAGGGAUGAACUACCGCCGGCUAGGUGGAGGGGUGGGCGUCAUCAAAAUGACUCACUGUGAAUCCCACAUAUGGUAACACUGCCCUCCCCCUCCAUCCUCCGCUCACACACCUUCACUUCUCAUCACGUUGCAGCGGAUGCUUCUUUUUGCCGACUCUCGUGCCUCCAACAGAGACGCUGUGAUUCACGCGAGGAUGAGAGAACCGCGAGGCGAGGCGAGGGAGGUGGAGGGGGGAGUCCGGGGGUUUUUGGAGGCGAGACGGAAAAGAGGGACAAACUUUUGGACUCUAGUUCAUCUCCAAACCCCACCCCCUCCUCCCCCCACUACAAGGUCAUUAACUUUAAAAACACCCUGGCUGUCUUGGCCGACGGACCACGGCCACCAUGAAGUGCACUGAGAGCAGAAGUCUACCAAGUCUACCAUUACGCUUCCAGUUCGGAGAGGACCGUCCUCCUCCUGUGACCUCUCCCACGUUUUCAUCCUCCGAACCCGGCGGUGUGGAUUCGAAUCGCCGCGUGUGACGGGAGCUCACCUUGACCAAGAUUGCUGCUGGAGGAAAUGAUCUUAUUUCUAAAGGUUGCGGGGGGGAAGUUUAAAAGCAUCGGGUCACUGGAAAGAGACCCGCGAGACCCUUUGGUCACCUUCACCUUGGCUCAAAUCCCCCAAAAUUCUGGCCGCUGACCAACAUCCUCAGUGACUUUAAACGAAGCAGCCAGCAGACCAGCAAACCUUUUCUGCAUCGUGCGAGGCUGAGUAUUUCCUGGAGACGUUGCAUACUUGUCUGUCAGAGGUAAAUCCACGCUCUCUCAUUGUGUUCGCGUUUGGCUUUGAAUCAUGCUGUACGAGUCUUCUGGGCCUGUAGCACUAAACAGUACAAAAACUGUUUCCUUCUGAAGGCGUCUGCAUGUUUGAGCAGAGAGGAAAACUACGAGUUUAAAAAAAAAAAAGGGCCACCAGAGAAGAGAAAGAUGUGUUAGUGAGCACUUAUGGGACCGGAGCUGUCUGUUGCAGUGGACAGUCCAGUUAGAGGAACAAACAUCACCCAAUAAGAGGAAGAGACGUUAAAAUUAGGGGUCGACUGAUGUGUCAUUUUCAGGGCUGAUACCAAUUAUUAGUUAGCAAGGAGAAAACUUCAGUGAAAUGCCUUUAUUUAUUUAAGUAUUUUUAUUUAAAAUAAGCGUCAGACAACAGAGGGGUGACUGCUGAUAAAGCAUCACAACCAAAGUAGAGCAUUUUAAAUUAACUUAUUCAAUUGGGAAUCUGUUUAAAAACAUAACCGUACCAAUGAUAGCCCUGAUAAUCAGUCGAUCCCUAAUUGGACUUGCUGGUUUAUUUGCUGGCUUCAUUGCAGAAUCUUAAAGGCCUCAAUGUGCUUCAAACAAACCCACGUAUCUCUACCUGUUGAUAGCAAAAAAGCCUGGCUGCAUCCAGCUCUGGUCAUUUCUGUGGCUUUAUGUCAACUCAUGGGUCAGUUUGAGUUCUAAAGUGGUGCAGUUGGGAAGAGGACAGACAACCCAACAGCACUUUGUCUGACUUCACAUAAUGCAUUUGACAGUGACACGGCCAAGCUUACUUUCACAGAAGCUUUAAAUGACAGUGUUUUAUGUUUUUGUUACAAAUCUCACCAAAAAGACCAAAACCAGCAAAUGUUACUCGAAAAAGGAACAAACGGUGAAUUUGUUGAUUUGUUUGACUUUUUUCAGCAGCACAUUAACGCACAUUUGGUGCUCUAGUGAGUAGCUCGGGGCAGCAGGAAGGUGUACGUGGGUUUGAGUCGG